AUGCAGUCAGCUUUGACAGUAGUCCUGCUGAUUAUUCAUGGAGCACUGGCUCGUCAUCCAACUACCACCACAGAGCUACGCAGUUACAUAUGUCAGACGAACGAUUGUCGGUUGGAAUUCGAGGGAAGUCGCGACGAAUGGGUCGCCAUCAAUGAUAAUGGAUGUUAUUUGGAGUACGAGGCUGACCUCGAGGAAACCGUGGAGUUCUGUCCGUUGCAAUGUAACACAGCCACAUCUGCUGUCGUUAUUGAACAG